CGCAUGCCUCACCAUCCCAUUCGUCGUAAACGCAAAACCAAUUGACCGGCCUCCCACCACGUUCCUGUACGCCUUCUGUCCUACCUUCGACCGUCCAUUGGCACCAUGCGCUUCGGACGUACCUUGCAGCGCUCUGUUUACCCCCCAUGGCAGGACAAGUACAUCGACUACGAUAAGCUCAAACAGCUGCUGCGCGAGGGUGGCUCGGACCAAGGCGCUGACGAGGAUGUCGACGACGAGUGGACCGAGGAGGACGAAGGCCGCUUUGUCGAGGAGCUCGUCAACGUCCAGCUCGAGAAGGUCCACGAUUUCCAGGUCCAAACGUACCAGGACCUGCGCGACCGCACGUCCGGGUGCGAGGCCAAGCUAGAGCCAUUGACGGUCACGGCACGGAGCGAUGACGGCAACGACGGCGACGGCGGCGAACCCUCAUCGUAUGCCGAGGCGGUGGCGAGCAAUAAGGGAAAAGAACCGGAGCUUUCGCACGAGCAGAGAGAGCAGACGCUGCGCGAAGUGCUAAAAGAGCUGGACAGGAUAACCAAGGAGGUCAGCGAGCUGGAGCGCUACAGCCGUAUCAAUUACACUGGCUUCCUCAAGGCUACGAAGAAGCAUGACCGGAAGCGUGGCCAUGCCUAUCGCGUCCGUCCGCUGCUCCAGGUCCGCCUGGCGGCGCUGCCAUUCAACAAGGAAGACUACUCGCCGUUGCUCAUUAGGCUGUCGGCCAUGUACUCUUUCGUGAGGCAGAACCUGGAUGGCAAAGACAAACGUUCCAUGUCGUUCUCCGACAGCCAGACUGGCGGCGAGGACUUCACGUCGCACAAAUUCUGGGUGCACCCAGAGAACCUGCUCGAGGUCAAGACUGUCAUUCUCCGCCGUCUGCCCGUUCUUGUCUACAACCCUCAGACUUCCAAGGUUGCUGAAGGCAACCAAGUCGAUCCUACCAUCACCUCGAUAUACUUUGACAACCCCAAGUUCUCUCUGUACACGGACAAGGUCGGCCAUGAGCCGGACGCUUCUUCUCUUCGCCUUCGGUGGUAUGGACAAUUGGCUGAGAAGCCAGAGAUACUGCUGGAGAAGAAGGUUAUCAAGGACGGAGAUGCCAGCGAAGAGACGCGGUUCCCGAUCAAAGAAAAGUACAUUCAGUCGUUCAUCAAGGGCGACUACAAGAUGGAGAAGAGUAUCGACAAGAUCAAGAGGACCAUAGGCGAAGACAGUGACAAGGUCAAGAGCUUCCAAAAGAGCGUUGAUGAGAUCCAAUCGUUCAUCAAAGAGAGGAAGCUCCAGCCUGUGCUGAGAGCCAACUACACCCGCACCGCAUUCCAAAUCCCUGGUGACGACAGGGUCCGUAUCUCGCUCGACACUGACCUGGCCCUCAUCCGAGAGGAUGCUAUUGACCAGGACCGGCCGUGCCGCGACCCCAAGGACUGGCACCGCCGGGACAUUGACGAUGCACAGAUGGAAUAUCCCUUCAAGUCUAUCCGCAAGGGAGAGAUCAACCGCUUCCCGUUUGCUUUGCUCGAAAUCAAGAUUAAGGGCAGGAAGCAGUACGAGUGGGUGAAUGAUUUGAUGAGCUCGCACUUGGUAAAGGAAGCGCCGCGUUUCUCUAAGUUCGUGCACGGCGUGGCCCGGCUCUUCGAAGAUGUCGUCAACACGUACCCCUUCUGGCUCGCCGAGCUGGAGACGGACAUCCGCCGCGAUCCUCACAAAGCCUUCGAAGAGGAGCAAGAACGCAAAGCCAAAGCCGCGCAGGAUGAAAUGGUUGUGGGCUCGCUGUUCGGCCCACGCUCAAGUCCGCUUCACUUCAAGCCAGCCAUCAGCUCGCCGGUCGGCUCGCCGUCCAAUGCAGAUGCCAAGGGCAAGCGACCCAGCCAAGCCGUCGCCGACAUGGCCAGCCUCUCCUCUCGCGCCGCGGCCAGCCAACCUACGGGCACAGAAGCCGUAGUGGAAGAAGCCGACUCGGACGACGACGGAGCGCAAGGCGAUCGGGGUGCCAACGGCGACGGUGGCUUCCGCGAAUCCAACACGACGACAACUGCGGGCCUGCGCUCGCUAUUCCCGAGCUUCUCUUACUCGAAGUACGCGCAGCGGCACCGGGCGCGCUCGGCGCAGCUCCCGCCCGGCGUGCGUGAUCCCGGCCAAUGGAUCAAGGACCAAGGCCCCGUGCGUGUCGAGGCCAAGGUCUGGCUCGCCAACCAGCGUACCUUCAUCAAGUGGCAGCACGUGUCGGUGCUGAUGGCCUCGCUGUCCCUCGCGCUGUACAACGCCGCGGGAGAGCAUAACAGCAUCGCCCGCGCGCUCGCACUCGCGUAUACGGGCCUUGCGGCCUUCGCGGGCGUGUGGGGUUACACGAUGUACAUGCACCGCUCGAGGCUGAUUCAGCUGCGCAGUGGACGCGACUUCGACAACAUCUGGGGCCCGAUUGUGGUGUGUUUGGGCUUGAUCAUCGCGUUGUGCUUGAACUUUGGGUUUAAGUAUCAUGCGGCUAUGCAGCAGCGCGAGGAACACGCGCCUGGUGCUGUGAAUGGGACGGCGCCGCUGUGGGUUGCGGGCGAGGAUGAGCUGUAGGUAGGUAAAUGUGCCAGAGCCACAAGGCUGCGGCCAAUUGCUCUUGGAUGUGUGCAAGCGCGGGAGCGGGAAAAAAAAGUUGAUGGUAAGAGACAUGGGAUUACAGGUUCAGUCACUGUUUAUUUUGUUUAGUUUUGUUAGGUGAACGAGCGAGCGAGCGCGUGUGUAUAUUGCAUCCGGUGGUCAUCAAAAAAAUUGUAAGCGUGCAGAGUAGAUAGUUGUUCAGCAGCGAUAUGCCAUCGAGACCUUAGGUCUGGAAUUUUGAUGAAGCCAUUCAAACCCAC